UUGUAUAUUGAAAAGAAGUGAGGAAAUAUAUGUAAUUAAUCAAAAUUAAAAGAAUUUAGGGUAGAGGGUUUUAGUUUUAGUUCCAAACCUGCUCUCUACUUCUCCUUAACCGCUAAAAUCCCUAUCUCUGCUCUCCCCUAUUUGAGCAGGUUAUUUUAGUUUAUUGAGCUUCAAGCAACUUUUUUCUCGGGUUGGAAUGAACACGUCUUGUGGAGCAAAUUUGGAGCUAUCACGGUGCAUUGCUGCAUCUCCUGUUUGUCGUUUGAAAUCAUGUAUACCCAAGUUCCAAGGCUGCUCAAAGAAGCUAUUGCCUUUAUGCAAAGAUAGAAGUAACGGGGAGAGAAGCGUUACAUUAUCGGUUACUUGUAGUGCCAAUAAGGUUGACACUGCUGCAGAUGAACCGAGCAGUCUUACGUAUAAGGAUGCUGGUGUGGACAUUGAUGCAGGGUCGGAGCUUGUGAAGAGAAUAGCCAAAAUGGCACCUGGAAUUGGGGGAUUUGGUGGUCUCUUUCCAUUAGGGGAUUCAUACCUCGUGGCUGGUACUGAUGGCGUGGGGACAAAACUUAAGUUGGCAUUUGAAACAGGAAUUCAUGAUACCAUAGGGAUUGAUCUGGUUGCAAUGAGUGUUAAUGACAUUGUCACGUCUGGAGCAAAACCUUUAUUUUUCCUUGAUUAUUUUGCAACCAGCCGCCUUGAUGUUGACCUUGCAGAGAAGGUCAUAAAAGGUAUUGUGGAUGGUUGCCAGCAAUCUGACUGUGCUCUUCUAGGGGGAGAGACUGCAGAAAUGCCAGAUUUCUAUGCCGAAGGCGAGUAUGACCUCAGUGGAUUUGCUGUGGGCAUUGUAAAAAAGGACUCAGUUAUUGACGGGAAAAAUAUCAAGGUUGGAGACGUUCUUAUUGGUUUACCAUCUAGUGGAGUUCAUUCAAAUGGGUUUUCUCUUGUUAGAAGGGUUCUGAAGCAAAGUGACCUUUCUUUAAAAGACCAACUUCCUGGUGAAGCUAUUACACUUGGUGAAGCUUUGAUUGCUCCAACUGUUAUAUAUGUUAAACAGGUUCUUGAUAUUAUUAACAAAGGAGGGGUUAAAGGAAUAGCCCACAUAACAGGAGGCGGCUUCACUGAUAAUAUCCCUCGAGUAUUUCCUAAAGGCCUCGGAGCCAUUAUUUAUGAGGGCUCUUGGGAAAUUCCUCCUGUUUUUAAAUGGAUUCAAGAGGCGGGAAGAAUAGAAAAUGCUGAGAUGAUGCGGACAUUCAAUAUGGGAAUCGGAAUGGUUCUUGUAGUUAGUCCAGAAGCAGCUAACCGAAUACUUGGGGAAGGACAGAAGACGAGCAUUGCAUACCGGAUUGGUGAGGUUGUAAAGGGUGAUGGAGUAAGCUAUAGCUGAAAGCUUUGCGGCUGGUCAAAGGUUCGAUUAUUCAAGAAUGACAUAAAGAGUAUUUAUGAAGUGAUGAGAAUUCUUUCUCCUACCUUAGAUUAAGAGUUUGAAAUUUUGGAGCUUUCUCAUCCAUCCUGUUAUGGAUCUUUGUAUCGUCUAACAACCAAUCUGUUCUCUUAAAGUUGUGUUCUGAUAUGUGUAUUAGUGUGUCAUCAAUAACAUCUGUUAAACCAUGAGGAUGUAGACAACUUCAAGAUAUGUGUAUUAGUGUGUCAUCAAUAACAUCUGUUAAACCAUGAGGAUGUAGACAACUUCAAGAGGUUUUGAAAUAGUUUUGCAUGGAGUGUAGGAAAUAAUUUCUGUUA